UGAUUUGGGUUGGAGCGUCUCCUUUGGCCACCAGGCUGCUGUCAUCAAUCUUACCGACGCACGGCACAUAUAGCCUAUGUGUGGAUAUUAAAUCCAUGGAUUUUUCUUUGAGUCUACAGACCUGUGCAGUGAAAGGGUUUUUUUCUGACUAGACUUCACUGUCCGUGAACAUAACCAUAGCCUACGACUCAAGGAGUGAGGGAGGAAAUAAAAACAUUGAUGAGAGUUUGACGAAAAGUGCAACUUGAUUAAACGCGCGGUUCGCUGCUGGACUUCAAAUUAGAAAAACACAAACCAACAGGUGUGACCUUUUAUCUUUUUUUUUUUUUUUUUACGAUGGGAAGAAAUGACUGCACUGUAUUGCCAAAUAAAGGAAUAAUUUACUAAUAACAAAACAAGAAACCCGGUUCGAUCAACGAGGCUGAUUGAGGAGUCCAACUCAAGUCUCGAAACUGGAUCCUACUGCGGGCUUCGAUAACCGGAUUUGACUGAUCACCAUCAGAUAACCUACUUAAUACCCUCAAAGGGAGAAGAUGCCGUUCCACCAUGUGACGGCAGGCCUGCUCUACAAGGGGAACUACCUGAGCCGCUCGCUGUCAGACAGUGACAGCGACGUGCUGGCCAGCAUCUCUGUGGAGGAGCUUCAUGAAAUCCGGGAGGCGUUUAAGGUACUGGAUCGUGACGGAAAUGGGUUCAUUUCCAAACAGGAGCUGGGUAUGGCUAUGCGUUCUCUGGGUUACAUGCCCAGUGAGGUGGAGCUGGCCAUCAUCAUGCAGAGACUAGACAUGGAUGGUGAUGGACAGGUUGAUUUCAACGAGUUCAUGACGAUUCUUGGACCAAAACUGCUGUCGUCUGAAACGAGAGAAGGCUUCCUGGGCAGCACAAUAGAUACCAUCUUCUGGCAGUUUGACAUGCAGAGGAUCACCCUGGAGGAGCUGAAACACAUCUUGUUCUAUGCCUUCCGCGACCACUUGACCAUGAAGGACAUUGAGAACAUCAUCAUCAACGAGGAAGAGAGCCUGAAGGAAAACUCUGGGAACUGUCAGACAGAGUUUGAGGGAGUUCAUCCCUCAAAGAAGAAUCGUCAGACAUGCGUGAGGAAGAGCCUCAUCUGCGCCUUUGCCAUGGCGUUCAUCAUCAGCGUCAUGCUCAUCGCAGCCAAUCAGAUGCUGAGGAACGGCAUGGAGUAGCUGUGCCCACUGUGAGCAGGGAACAAGCCAGCCUGCAUGUGCAUGCCAGUGGGUGAGGUCAUAUCCCUGUUGGUAUGAAAAUAACUGCAAGGAAUAACACUCAAAAUAAUCAUGACAAAAUCCAUUUUUGAAAUUAUUCUUAGUUUUCUUUUUUUUUUUCUUCGAACGAGUGGCACUUCUCCAUUCGACGCCAAUGAAACCGUGAAGCCAGCAUGAGGAGUCAUACAAGACUCCUCCCCUUUACUCUGACAGGGACAUUCAAGGGCUGACAUUAAACAUAAUACUCAGUUGUGUCUGUUUCCCUGAUGCAAUAAAAAAUGUAAAAAAAAAACAAAACAGAUCCCCUCCAAAUAAACGUUAAGUGCAGGAGUUCAGAGCUGCUCCUUUUUUCAGUAGGCGAGAUGUGACACGUGUGUCUGGAGAUCUGUCACCUACCAGGAGUCUGAUGAGCUUCCAGGGCUGCAGUCUGGGCCCCAAGAGGAAAUGAGAGGAAGGGAACAAUUACCCUCUUAUUAUAGUUCCUGGAAUGGAGAUCGGCCACUCAAACAGAAGGAUCUGUACGUGUCAGGCGGCGGCUCCUGGAACUCCCAUGGUGCUACCAUACUUCAGCUCUCCAACUUUCUAUUUUCAACUUCUGCAUCUGUGGGCUGGUAUGAGGUGCUGGCAUCAGUUCAUCAGCCCUACAAACCAAGUAGUCAAGCGAGUAAAAUGUUCAAUGAUAAUUCCAGGUUUGUGUUAUGGAUGAAUGAACGCAGAAGCUCUGAAAGUAUUGUUUUGGAUCUUUUCGUUCUCCUGGACAGUGUUUGGUGAAUACUGUUCAGAGUGCAAAGAAGAGGUUUCUGUGUCCUAUUAAAGAGGGGGGGGGGGGGAUCCACCCUUUCAGCUGGUCCCACUGUUAUAUCAUCUGUUUGCGGUGUCUAGUGCAAGUGAUUGAAUUUCACUUUCUCUAAGACUGCCUCUUCUACUUUUGCCUGACUUGGUGAUUUCCGACAUUUCCCAGAAUGAUUUUGGACCCAGAGAACUGCUGUGAACCCAUCUCAUUCAGCUGUGCUUAAUUUAAUGUGUAGUGGAAAGAGUGAGGACAAGGGUAAGAGCAAAACAGCAAGAGGUUUUCCAGUCAACAUAACCUGAACUGACUUCUACGUGCAUGUCUGUUGGGGACAUUGCUAAAUGACGUUUUUGCUCUUUAAUCCUGAGGGACACCAAAACCAUUUCAUUGAUGUUUCAAUACGUUUUUCUGCUCUCAAACUCAGUGUUAUUUGCAUAUGUAUGCAGGGACGUGCACAGGAAUUUUGAAGGGCAGUUGCUCUGACCUGAAAAAAGGCACCCCCCCCCCCCCCAAAAAAAAACAAACAAACAAAAAAACAUGGGCUAUAUGAAGGACUGAGAAAAAAACAUUUUUUUAUUAAAAAAUAUACAAAAAGUAAAAACACUUAAAUACAGCACUCAAUAACCUAAACUACUAUUAAUAACAAAACAGAAAAACAUGACUCGAGUCAUGAAAAAAGAGUUCCUUAUAUUAUUGUUUAUUGUUU